CCUCCUCCUCGUCUCCAUGGCGACCGCUUCGGUCCCACAGUCCGUCUCCAUGGUGACGGUUGCCAUGGUGAUGAUGGUCGCCAUGUUUGUCCUCGUGGUUGCCAUGGUGAUGGUCGCCAUGUUUGUCCUCGUGGUUGCCAUGGUGAUGGUUGCCAUGGAGAUGGUCGCCAUGGUGACGGUCGCCAUGUUUCUCCUCACGGUUGCCAUGGUGAUGGUUGCCAUGGAGACCCCCGUGCUGCCCCCCCCCCUUCUGUUGGUCGCCAUGGUGACCGUGGUCGCCAUGUUUCUCGCUAUGGUCGCCAUGGUGACCGUGAUGGUUGCCAUGGAAACCAUGAUGAUGAUGAUGGGGGUCGCCAUGGUGACCACCAUGAUGGUUGCCAUGGAGAUCGCCAUGAUGCUGGUUGCCAUGGAGAUGCUCAUGGAGGAUGCUGCUCAGCCGGCUCUGAUGGUCGCCAUGGUGAUGCUGGUUGCCAUGGUGAUGGUUGCCAUGGAGAUCAUGAUGCUGGUUGCCAUGGUAAUGGUUGCCAUGGAGGUCGCCAUGAUGCUGGUUGCCAUGGAGAUGAUGCUGCUGUUGGUUACCAUGGUCCCCGCUCUUGCUGUGGUCGCCAUGGUGACCGCCAUGAUGCUGGUUGCCAUGGAGACCGUGAUGCUGGUUGCCAUGGAGACCGUGAUGCUGGUUGCCAUGGAGAUGGGCUCCCAGCUGGUUGCCAUGGGGCUCUGUGUUGCCAUGGGAACGGCUGCCGUUGCCGUGGUGAUGGAGCUGCAGCUCUAAGAGGCCGAUCUUCUUCUGCAGCGCCUCCCGCAGCCCAGAGACAUUGCGGCUGUGCUGGGGGGAGGACAAUGGGGCUGCCCCAUAGCUGCCCCAUAGCUGCCCCAUAGCUGCCCCAU